UUGUCCUUUGUUGAAAGUUCAGGAAGUAACUCCGUCUCCCUGGCAGUACAUGUGGCUAGCGGCGGCGCGGCGAUCGCGACGUCGCAAGCGGCACCGCUCCUGUAUGUUCAUUAUAUCGUUCAGACGACAACGGCAUCGUGGAUGAUAGUACGUGAUGAUACCUUCUUGCCUGACUCUAUCGAAAACCUUGCCGCACGGCGUCCACGAAUUCCAAUUAUUAUUGGCACCGUGCAAGACGAGAAUGCAGAUUACGCUUUCAAACUUAUUUCAACUGGUGAUGCAAAUGAGAGCCAAGGAGAGAUGUUUAACAACUGGAUGUUGGAUUUCGCCCGUCAAAACCGACUUAAUCCAGCUACUGCUAAUCAGGUCUCUCAAAUUAUCUCGCAGAACUACAAUGUUACUCCAAGUGGACCGCUGUACGACCCGAGCACAUCCGCCCCGCAGUUCAAUUACAAUGGCAAUCAGAUGCCCAACAGUGGAUAUCAGCCGAAUGGCGCCAGUUACGGUAACCCCUACAACAACCCGACGGAAUGUCAAUGUCAGCAAGUCGCCGGUUGUGUGCCGUGUGGCCAAAACCCAGCAGGCGCUACGAACGGAAACCAAUAUCCUAUAUACUAUGACCAGAACGGAUACAGCACCUCAAACGGAGGUAAUGGAAACUCUGCUGGCGGAUAUCACACCCAGACCUACGGCAACACCAACCAGAAUAUCGGCUUCGCUAACCAGAACAGUGGUUACGGCAAUCAAUAUAAUGGUGGAUACACGGAUCAGAACAACGGCUACACCAACCAAAACAACGGCUACGUUAACCAGAAUGGAGGCUACAGUCAGGGUCAGCCAGCCGGCUCUGCCAAUUAUCAAGGCAGCAAUCAAUACCAAGCGGGUUCUGCCAACCAGUUCGGUGUGCAAUAUGAUCAAAAUGGUGGGUUCAAUACUCAAUCGGCAGUCAAUAAUCCCCAAACUAUCGCGUCUCUGAAAUUUCAUCCGAUGCGGGUACUGUAUCUCAGACGGCUACUGAAAUCGAUACGUUUCAUGCAAAAUGGCAACCAAUACGUUAGAGUGUAUCAGUUCACGCAUGUGACUGAGCUUGGCCGACAAAAUGUGCCCGAUACGGGAUCAUGGAAACGUGAGUACUGUUUACAAGGACAAGACACGAUAUUUCUGUUCAUGUCUGAGACGGUCUGGAGCUCGGGCGCUGGCGCCAUGCCAACAUCAGAUGACCGCCGUGUGGCGGAUCAAAUGGGCGAGAAAUGGACACAGUUUGCAAAGGAAGGCCAAGUGCUCAAGUUGGCAGGCUCAACUCAGGACUACAGCUACUGCAACUUGAACCGACAACCGACUGUACAGACUGGAUAUGCACAGGAAGCACGGAAUGUUUUCAAUAAUCAAGUGGACCCGAUAAUACAGCAGGCACAUAACGCGCCUCAGUAUGAUGCUCAAACGGCACAAACGCAGCCAACUUACAGUACACCGGCGUUCACUCCGGGAUCCGCAAUGAAAACGUCAAGUAUCAAUCAAAUGGACCGCAAUCAAAUACAUUCCAAUUCACGUAUCAACUGA